AUGGCCGGGCGCGGAGCGGGGUUGCAGAGCUGCGGCCGCGCCGCCCGGCUCCUCCUGCUCCUCCUCAGCUGGCUCUGCGCGCCCCUGGGGCUCGCCCAGCCCGGAGCUCCGCAGGCGGGUGUGUCUGAACCUUCUUUCAUCGCCAAAAGUGAAGAUCGUUUGUUCAAGCAUUUAUUUGAGGACUAUCAGAGGUGGGUUCGGCCAGUGGAGCGCUUGAACGACACCAUAAAAAUCAAGUUUGGCCUUGCAAUCUCUCAGCUGGUGGAUGUGGAUGAGAAAAACCAGCUGAUGACAACAAAUGUGUGGUUGAAACAGGAAUGGAUAGACGUGAAAUUAAGGUGGAAUCCCGAAGACUAUGCUGGAAUAACAUCUAUCCGUGUCCCCUCAGAUUCCAUUUGGAUUCCAGACAUCGUGCUCUAUGACAAUGCAGAUGGGCGUUUCGAGGGAACAUCCACAAAAACUGUGGUGAAAUACGAUGGCACCAUAGCUUGGACUCCACCAGCCAACUAUAAAAGUUCCUGUACCAUCGAUGUGACCUUCUUCCCCUUCGACCUCCAAAACUGCUCCAUGAAAUUUGGGUCCUGGACUUACGACGGCUCGCAGGUCGAUCUGAUUCUCGAAGAUUACGACGUUGACAAGAGAGAUUUCUUUGAUAACGGAGAAUGGGAAAUAGUGACUGCGACGGGGAGCAAGGGAAACAGGACUGAUGGGUGCUGCUGGUAUCCUUUUGUGACAUAUUCAUUCAUAAUUAGGCGUUUGCCCCUUUUCUACACGUUGUUUCUCAUUAUCCCCUGUAUCGGGCUGUCGUUUCUCACCGUCCUUGUCUUCUACCUGCCUUCCAACGAAGGCGAGAAAAUCUCGCUUUGCACCUCAGUCCUGGUCUCUUUGACUGUUUUCCUCCUUGUCAUCGAAGAAAUUAUUCCCUCAUCUUCCAAAGUUAUCCCCCUCAUAGGAGAGUACUUGGUGUUCACCAUGAUAUUCGUGACCUUGUCCAUCGUGAUAACUGUCUUUGCCAUCAACAUCCACCACCGCUCCUCGUCCACGCACAACGCGAUGGCGCCGUGGGUUCGCAAGAUCUUUCUUCACAAGCUGCCCAAGCUGCUCUGCAUGAGAAGUCACGUGGACAGGUACUUUGCCCAGAAGGAGGAAACAGGGAAGGCGAACGGCUCGGAAUCGUCGAGGAACACCUUGGAAGCAGCCCUGGAUUCCAUCCGCUACAUCACGAGGCACGUGAUGAAGGAGAACGAAGUUCGGGAGGUAGUGGAAGACUGGAAAUACAUCGCUCAGGUGCAGCUUUAUGAAAGAUUCUAGUCCCACUCUUGCAGCAGUUGCCUCGUUUAGCUACAGAACUUUACUCUGCAGCAGCAACAGAACAAUCAAUCAUCGCUACGAGGGACAUUCACUGGUGGUUUUGCUGCUGAUGGUGGUAAGCUGUGGGAGGGGAGAAUGUAACUUUCCAAAGGCCCCACAGUCAGCAAAUUGCACUAUUAAGAUUAUGACUUGGAAAAUCCUGAUUUUAGCUCUGGUGGGAUGGGUCUCUGGUGCGUUCCCCCAGCAAUGGUAACCUCAACGUGCCUCACUCAGUGUUUAUACUGUCAAUGAAGAGAGUGUUGAGCAGCAGAGCUGCUCCCCCUUUGUAGAAAUUCAAAACUGCACAUGCUUG